AUGAAAGAUAACUUUCUCGAGCUACGAGGGAAAGGGGACCCAACGGUCCACCUCAAAGGUUUCCUGCUUACUGCUAGCCGAGUGGAUAUCCAACCUCACGAAGCCGACGCCGGAUACCGUAAGCUGUUCGCAGAAACAUUUUGCGGGCCAGCUCUGCUUUGGUUCUCAUCCUUAGCAGCCGCUUCCAUCACUAACUUCACGGAACUAUCAACCUCCUUUAUCAAGCAAUACUCUAUCUUGAUUGAAACGGCGGUAACAGAUGCCCAACUCUGGAACCUUAGCCAGGCAGCUGGGGAAUCACUUCGCUCUUAUAUAACCAAGUUCAAGGAAAUCCAAGUCCAGAUCCCGGGACUCUCGAACUCAACUGCCUUGGCCGCUCUAAAGAACGGUCUUUGGCACGAACCUCGUUUCCGCGAAGAAUUAACCGUGAACCAGUUCGCUACCAUUCAAGACGCCUUGCAUCGGACCUCGAACUGGAUAAUCGCGGAAGAAGAAAAAGAGGCAGCUGCCCAGAAGCAUAAGGCCACAACCAAACCGAGGUUUGAGGCACCAGCACCGGUUAAGAAAACGCCUCCCUCGACCCCGAAGUCCGGAUUCAGAACUUUUGCAGUGGACAAAUCUCCUCAAAAGGGUUCUCCGAGAGGAUCACCGUCAAAGCCACCCUUUUCACCACGCUCCAAGAGCGGAUUCCUGCCAAGUAACAAGUGGAUUUGGGAUGAGAACGCAUACUGCAAACUUCACAAGACUAAUGGGCACUCAACUCGGGAUUGUAAGAAACUGAUGCACCUUCUGGCUGAGAAGUUCGUGUCUGGUGAAAUGCCAAAGGUAUCUAUUGACGAGCUGGACCAAAAAGCGAUGUCCGAGUCGGACGAUGAUGCUCCACCGUCAAAGAAGCCAAAGCAGAUAACGGCGAUCAAAGACCACCAGCGAAAACUGAUCAGCUCGGGACCUAAGCAGAUAAAACUUGCCACGAGCGAUCUACCCGAAGUCACCUUCUCGGAGAAGGAGACGGAGGAGUUAAACUCCCCGCACGACAAUGUUCUGGUCAUAUCACUCGAUAUCGCGAAUCACGAGGUGUGCCGAAUUCUAAUAGAUACUGGGAGCUUGGUGGACUUGAUUUUCCUGGAAACCCUCACUAGAAUUAGAAUUGGAAAGGAACACAUCGCAGGUCCUCAUGCACCUCUAGUUUCGUUUACAAGUGAGACGUUGAUGUCCUUAGGGACAAUCACUCUCCCUGUCUCCACUCAAGGUGUAGCUAAAAUGGUGGAGUUCACGGUGUUUUACCGACCUGCGGCUUAUAAUGCGAUAAUGGGGACACCGUGGCUGUUUCAAAUGAAGGCAGUCCCGUCGACGUACCAUCAGUGUGUCAAAUUUCUAACCCUGCAUGGAGUUCGGGAGAUUCCGGGAAGCCAGAAGGUGGCAAGGAGCUGUUACCUUGCAAGUCACAAGUUGUUGGUUCAAUAG